AUGUCUGAGGCGGAGGAGCUCGAGUAUGAGCAACAGAAGUUUGAGCGGAGCAAUGGUUCUAUGCUGUGUCGCAGGCAGUUGAUUUUUGCAAAAUGCUCCGCCGAAGGUUGCCCCUGGAAGCACGAUAUUAAGCCCGGCGACGUGAGGCCGUUGUGCAGAGAUCAUUUCUUGAGGAAAGACUACUGCUCUCGGGGGGAUAUUGCCCAUUGA